AUGAAAUUGAUAUAAUGUUGCUAAAAGAAGAAUAGAGAAAGAGAAACCUAACUUUGAAAGAAGAACUUAAGGAAUCAGUAAUCAGUAAUCACAACACAACCCAUGUCAUGUUUUUUUCUUCCCAAAGAGAAUAAAAAUUAUCAGAGAGCAAGAUUAUCAGUAAAUACCCAAAAUCACAAGAAUUCACCAUGAGUCAAGAAGGAGAACACACUGACAAUUUUAUAGGCUUCUCAUUGCUAGCGGAUCAACUGCAGCGAAAGACAGUAAAACGUGGUUUUGAGUUUACUCUAAUGGUGGUAGGAGAAUCUGGAUUAGGAAAGUCAACCCUUGUAAAUUCUCUCUUUCUUACAGACCUAUACAGAAACCGAAAACUACCACCAGUGUCAGAGAGACUGGCGAAAACAACGGAAAUAGAAAAGACGACUUUGGAUAUUGAAGAAAAUGGCGUCAAACUGAGAUUAACAGUUGUCGAUACUCCGGGAUUUGGAGAUGGGUUGGAGGGUUCAGACGCUUGGCAGGCCUGUGUGAAGUAUGUAGAUGAUCAGCUGGGUCAAUAUUUCCAGACUGAAAAUAGUGUCAACAGACGAAAUAUUGUGGAUACUCGGGUUCACUGCUGUCUCUAUUUUUUAUCACCGUACGGGCACGGACUACGCCCUCUAGAUUUAGAGUUUAUGAGAAGAUUACAGUACAAAGUAAACCUUGUUCCUGUUCUAGCUAAGGCAGAUUCGCUGACAAAGAGGGAGUUGAUAGCGAAAAAGAAAAGAAUAAAUGCAGAAUUAGCUGAAUUUGAAAUUGAGCUGUACCAAUUUCCAGAUACUGACUCUGAUGAAGACGAAGAGUUUAAGUCUGAGAACGAUACUUUGAGGCGAAGCAUACCAUUUGCUGUUGUGGGGGCCAACACAGUUAUAGAGGUUGGUGGAAGGAAGAUUCGUGGUCGUCAAUAUCCCUGGGGUCUUGUAGAUAUUGAGAACACAGAGCAUAGUGAUUUCAAACAUCUAAAACGCUUCCUUAUACAAACUCAUAUGCAGGAUCUGAAAGAUGUUACGCACGAUGUUCAUUAUGAAAAUUUCAGAAUUGCUCUGCUAAAAGAGCUUGAGAGUGUCGGUGGAGGUGGAGUUGGUGGAGGUGGGGUUGGAGGAUGUGGAGGGCAGACUGCUCAAGGAGAAGAAGUUUAUGAGGAUCCGGAGACAAUACUGCUUCUUCAACAUAAGGAGGAGGAGAUUAAGAAAAUGCAGGAAAUGCUGAACAAGAUGCAGCAGCAGCUAGCAGCUGAAUCUAAAUAGAGGGUAGCAGCUAGGAGCUUAAUCUAAAUAGAUGGUAGCAGCUAGGAGCUUAAUCUAAAUAGAUGAUAGCAGCUAGGAGCUUAAUCUAAAUAGAUUGUAGCAGCUAGCAGCUACAUAUAAAUAGAUGACAGUAGCUAGCAGCUGAAUCUAAAAAGAUGACAGCAGAUAGCAGCUGAAUUUAAAUUGAUGACAGCAGAAAGCAGCUGAAUCUAAAUAGAUAACAGCAGCUAGCAUCUGAAUCUAGAUAUAUGACAGCAGCUAGCAUCUAAAUAGAUGGCAUAGUAGCUAAAUAGUUAGCAGCAGGUAGCAGCUGAGUCUAAAUAGAGGGCAGCAGCCAUCAACUAAAUCUAAUUAGAUUGUAGCUAGCAGCCAGCAACUUAGUCUAAUAAACUCUAAUUAGACUCUACCUAAAUAGAGGGCAGCAGCCAUCAGCUGAACCUUAAUAAAUAAAUCUUGAUAGCUGGCAGCAGCCAGCAGUUGAAUAGUUUACAGAAGCUAGCAGCUGAAUCUAAAUAUUUCGUAGCACCAACUUUUCUCAGCUAUAUAUGUAACUCGUGUAUUGUAUAUGUACAAAAACGGUAAAUUUGGUUUUCAAUUCCUUACUUCAUAAUCUUCUAUCUCUGAGUACCCUGACAUAUGAACAAUAUAAGGUAUUUCAAUGCAUUAAUUUAAUUAUGCUGCCUGAAUCAACACCGUUUUCCUGGUGCUAAUGUGUUUUACUACGCAGAGUAUAUCUGCUAGUUAGAAAAAAGUGAAAGUAAAAAGUGAAUUUAAAAAAAAAAUAUUUCAUGUAACUCUUUUAUUUAUGUCGUGUCUUUGUCAAAAAUAUUAUUUUCAUCCACGAAAAAAAAAUUGUACAUCCAUUUUUAUUACUUCAAUGUCUUUUAUGUCUUUUUAACAUUAUUCUUUAAAUUUUUCAAGGCCCAAAUUAUUACCCUGUAUUUCAAAUCAGUUGUUUAGAUUUUACCCAGAGAUUUUAUGAAAUGUCGUCUUGACAAUUUUUCAAUGGGUUUUAUACUAUUCAGUAAUUUCAAUAAUAAAUAAAUAGC